AACCUAAAUCCUAUUUUCUUACUAUCUCGUUCCUAUCUAUAUAAUAUAACGUACUAGUUUAUCUUAGGAAUACUUUACCGUGACGAUUUUUGAACAGUAUUAAUAAGUAAAACGAUCUAUCACUAGUAAACACCUAGUGCUAGCAUAUAGCCCACUAGCAUAAACAAACGUGCCGGUUGAAGUUAGCACUUGCUCACUGUCUGUUUACUGUAAAUCUGCCUUUUUCGAUCUAAUGGCGGACUCAUCCGAUGUAUGUUUUUCAGACCUUUCCUCACCAGAGCGGGAAGCUGUGGAGGAGUUGUGUCCCGGCAUUAGCACCAGGCGGUACAGCAUGCCUCACAUCACCCUGGCUCCAGGCACCCGGAGACGACCGAGGCACGCACCGAGCGAGCACCCAUCUCGAUGCAGCUUCACGGACCGCUGUCUGGCGAACGGAGACGCCAUCGCCCAGCAUGAAAACGGUAAGACUCCGCUUGUCAUUGUAACCUGCACUACUUGCCACAUGUACAGUUUAGCUUCUUCCGUCAGCAUAGAGGGGUUUACAUGUGCUAAGUGUAUUGAAGUAGUAAGGCUGACGGAGAAGGUUGCAGAACUAGAAGCGCGCAUCCGAACGCUAGUUGAGGACAGUAAGACCGCUAAUGUUAAUGUUACAAACACUGUUUCGGGUGCGCCUAGUGUUAAACGUAAUACACAUGGCUCGGUUCCGACUUCAGAGUCAAGGCGGCUGACUAACUGGGUGACUGUCAGGCGGCCUAGUCGCAUUCGGCAUCCAAAUCACGUUCCUGUUUUAAUAUCAAACAGAUUUUCUCCACUCAGCAAUACACCGGCUGAGACAUCUGUUAAAGGUGCCCUGGUUAUUGGAGAUUCUAUACUCAGGAACGUUGGCAUUGAGGCACCAGCCACCAUAGUCGAUUGUAUACCGGGAGCCAGAGCGUCUGACAUUAGAUCCAAACUUAAAGUGCUGGCUAAUGCUAAACGUAAGUUUUCUAAGAUUGUUAUUCACGCCGGCACGAAUGACACCAGACUCCGCCAGUCGGAGAUCACCAAAGAUACUAUUAAAGAGGUGUGUGAAAUUGCAAAAACAAUGUCAGACAAUGUAAUUUGCUCUGGUCCCCUCCCCGCCUACCGGGGGGAUGAAACUUACAGUAGAUUAGUGUCUCUUCAUGGCUGGAUGUCAAAGUGGUGCCCUCAGCAUAACGUAGGGUUUAUAGACAAUUGGAAGCAUUUCCGGGGAAGACCUGACCUGCUAAAGAGAGAUGGCCUCCAUCCGUCUCCGGAAGGAAGUGCUAUACUCUCUAGAAAUCUGACCAAUAGUCUUACUUUUGGUAUUGUCUGA